UUGGGACUGUAUUUGAGUGGAUUACUUUCCCUUUGUAAAGUGGAAGCUGUGGAGAGUAAAGUACAGAAGCUGUUACAGAACGAGGAGAGGCAGCGGUGUGAGAUAAUGGCAUCCGGAUCAUCUCUACCAGAGGACAGGUUCUCCUGUCCCAUCUGCUGUGACAUCUUCAGGGAUCCUGUCGUCCUGGCAUGUGGCCACAGCUUCUGUGAAGUCUGUCAGCAGGAAUACUGGGCAGAUAAGAAACCUUGGAAAUGUCCAGUUUGUAGGAGAAGAUUUCCCGUAGCUAUGACUCAACCUCCUCGUAACUUGGCGUUAAAUGACGCGUGUGAGGCCUUCUUACAGGAGAGAAGGCAGAGAGCUUCCGCUGGGUCUGAGAUACAGGACGGGAGUCAGAGAGCUUCAUCUGGGUCUGAGAUUCAGGACGGGAGUCAGAGAGCUUCAUCUGGCUCUGAGAUACAGGACGGCAGUCAGAGAGCUUCAUCUGGGUCGGAGGUGCUCUGCAGUCUGCACGGUGAGAAAUUCAAACUCUUCUGUCUGAAGGACAAACAGCCCGUCUGCUUGGUGUGUCGAGAUUCAAAAGUACAUAAAUCUCACGACUGUGUCCCCGUAGACGAGGUUGUCCAGGACCUUAAGGAGGAACUCCACACCGCCCUGAAGCCUUUACAGAAGAACCUAGAGGUCUUUAACAACGUUAAACUAGCCUGUGAUAAAACAGCAGAACACAUGAAGAGUCAGGUCCAGCACACAGAGAAACAGAUUAGGAAAGAGUUUGAGAAGCUUCACCAGUUUCUACGAGAUGAAGAGGCAGCCAGGAUAGCUGCACUGAGGGAGGAAGAGGAGCAGAAGAGUCAGAUGAUGAGGAAGAAGAUUGAAGAGAUGAGCAGAAAGAUAUCAUACCUUUCAGAUGCAAUCAGAACCAUAGAGGAGGAGCUGAAAGAUGAAGACAUCUCAUUCCUGCAGAACUUCAGGACCACAAAGGAAAGAUCCCAGUACACACUGUUGGAUCCACAGCUGGUCUCAGGAGUUCUGAUAGACAAGGCCAAACACCUGGGCAACCUGCAGUUCAGAGUCUGGGAGAAGAUACUGGGGAUCCUCAAAUACACUCCUGUGAUUCUGGACCCAAACACUGCACAUCCCAGUCUCUCUCUGACUGAUGAUCUGACCAGUGUGAGAAGACCAGGCACGUCCCAGCAGUUCGUUAACAACCCAGAGCGAUUCAUGAGGUACACAAAUGUUCUUGGCUCCGAGGGGUUCAGCUCAGGAAUACACAGCUGGGAGCUGGAGGUGGGGGACCAUCCUGACUGGGUUUUGGGCGUGGCUAAAGAGUCCAUUGACAGGAAGCGGGAGCGUGAUGCGACACCAAAGAAUGGAAUGUGGUGUAUAUCGCAGCACGGUGGGAAGUACAUAGGGGGAGGAGGUGACAUCAUCGCUCUGAAGAGGAGACCCCAGAGGAUCAGAGUGCAGCUGGACUACAACAGAGGGGAGGUGUACUUCUACGACCCCAAAUACAUGACACCUAUCUACACUCUUAAAGUCAGAUCUACUGAGAGACUGUUCCCAUACUUUAAUAUUGGGAAUGUGGCUAAUGGCAACAACCCUGGUAUUCAGAUCUGCCAAUCCAAAGUGUCUCUGAAAGUGAAGUAAUCCCUGUGUGUGUGUGUGUGUGUGUGUGUGUGUGUGUGUGUGUGUGUGUGUGUGUGUGUGUGUGUGUGUAAAACAUGUGUCAGUUCAGUGGACAUUAUCAGGAGGUCAUUUUGGGGGUUAAGAUAAUACACACAUAAUUUUUACAAACUUCAGGACUGAAAUAUCCCUACGCUAUGUACUUCCCUUUGAAUUAAGGAUCAAUAAGAAUACAUUGUUUAAGAAUCAAUUAAAAAUACAUUCUAUAAGAAUAAAUUAAUAAUACAUUCUAUAAGAAUCAAUUAAUAAUCAAUUGUUUAAGAAUCAAUUAAGAAUCAAUUGUUUAAGAAUCAAUUAAUAAUACAUUCUAUAAGAAUCAAUUAAGAAUACAUUCUAUAAGAAUCAAUUAAGAAUACAUUCUAUAAGAAUCAAUUAAGAAUACAUUGUUUAAGAAUCAAUUAAAAUACAUUCUAUAAGAAUCAAUUAAGAAUACAUUGUUUAAGAAUCAAUUCAAAUACAUUCUAUAAGAAUCAAUUAAGAAUACAUUCUAUAAGAAUCAAUUAAGAAUACAUUGUUUAAGAAUCAAUUCAAAUACAUUCUAUAAGAAUCAAUUAAGAAUACAUUGUUUAAGAAUCAAUUCAAAUACAUUCUAUAAGAAUCAAUUAAGAAUACAUUCUAUAAGAAUCAAUUAAGAAUACAUUCUAUAAGAAUCAAUUAAGAAUACAUUCUAUAAGAAUCAAUUAUCAAGGGUGAAUCAUGGUUGUUAUUCUUACAAGAGGAGUGUGCUGUAUUGGGAAAAUCUCCCCAUAAGAAAAGUUAGUUGUUUCAAAUGCAAUGCAUUUUGUUAUGUGAAAAACUGUAUAUUUUUUCUGAUUAAAAAUAAACUUACUGUAAAACUGUCUAAUCUCAUGUGGUGACUACUUCGUGAUCUGAAUAAGAGUUCUGUCAGAUCAGGCUGACCUUAGCUGUCAGUAGUGUUGACCUGUCAGUAGUGUUGACCUGUCAGUAGUGUUGACCUGUCAGUAGUGUUAGACCUGUCAGUAGUGUUGACCUGUCAGUAGUGUUGACCUGUCAGUAGUGUUGACCUGUCAGUAGUGUUAGACCUGUCAGUAGUGUUGACCUGUCAGUAGUGUUGACCUGUCAGUAGUGUUGACC